UUUGACAGUGCUGAAACCGCUUCUUAUGGUUUUCUUGCUUUGUUACUUACCUGCCAAUUACCUUUAAAUCUUCAAAUAAGAGACGCUAUAAGCCUCUCCCUCAGGGUGGGAAGGUUACCUUGCACACACAUGCAAAUUAAGGGAAAAAAAGCAGUUCCUAAAAUGUAAUGAGCUUCUUUUUUUGCAGUCACUCUGGACACAGGACCGAUGCUUCCUGUACCCUGAUGCACUGCAAUAUUUGCUUCACUGAGAAUGCCUCCACUCCUGGUUAACAGCAGUUCACAUGAACAGGAUGCUAUAUAUUAUGCACCAGAAUCCAUUGGCUCCCUGGUUAUCUUCAUCCUCGUUUUCAUCAUAGGUAUCCCAGGCAAUGGGUUGGUUAUCUGGGUAGCUGGUUUGAAAAUGAAGAGGUCUGUGAACAUCAUCUGGUUCCUAAACCUUGCUGUGGCUGACUUCAUGUGCUGCUUGUCUCUGCCAUUCUUCAUUGUUCACUUGUUCCUCAACGAACACUGGCCAUAUGGUUGGUUUCUCUGUAAAGUCAUCCCAUCAGUCAUAAUCUUCACCAUGUUUGCUAGUGUUUUCCUACUUACGGUGAUCAGCAUCGACCGGUGCCUCCUAGUGAUGAAACCCGUCUGGUGUCAAAAUCAUCGAACAAUUAAGUUUAUUUCACUACUAUGCAGUGGCAUUUGGAUCCUGGCCUUUAUUUUCUGCUGUCCUGUCUUUCACUACCGCAACACGAUCACUGAUGGUGGAAAAACUGAGUGUGGGUACAGUUUUGGAGAUUAUGAAAUACUAGAAUAUAUGGAUGACAGUUAUCCUGUAACUGGGUUAUUGGAAGAAUACUCACCUUUAGUACCAGCUGUCACAUAUGUUGGCACCAUCUUUGCUCAUCAGCCUACUGAUAGUUAUAGUUACCUAGAUUUUCAAGCAAACAGCAUAUCCACCAACAAAGGCAUAAUUGCAGAAGCUCACCUUUCUCAUGCCACUGUAGAUGUGAACUCCUUGUUAAAUUCGACUGCCUAUCCUGACAUCAGGCUAUUGGAAUCUCAGAGUGAUCUACCUAAUACCAACUUGCCUGUACCAUCCAACAGUGACUUCAAUUUAAACCUACUUGAUCCUCCUCUUGAUUUGCUUGAUUUUGACAGUGUCUUCAGUGGUAAUGAUUAUGCCAUGCCCUUUCCUUUAACUGUAAUAACUAUUACUAGGGCUGUCUUUGGCUUCAUACUUCCCUUCUGCAUAAUGGCAGUUUGCUAUGCUCUUAUUGCUUUCAGGAUGCGUGCAAGUAAUUAUCGUAAGCCACAAAGCAAGAUGCUGAGAACUAUCAUUCUUGUGGUAGUUGCAUUUUUUGUCUGCUGGGCUCCCUACCAUAUAGUUGGGAUUCUGUCCCUUGUGGCUACUCCUGGUACAGAACUGAAGGAGUCACUGAUCCUCUGGGAUCAUCUCUCUGUAGCACUCGCAUAUGCUAACAGCUGCAUCAACCCUCUGUUGUAUGUUUUUGUGGGGCGGGACUUCAGGGCAAAGGCAAGGCAAUCACUGCAAGGAGUCUUGGAAGGAGUCUUUACUGAUGAACCAACAUGUUCAAGCCCUUACUCUGUUGACAGAAGCAAGACUUCAAAAGAUAAGGAUGUUAGUACCACAGUCUAAUGCAGGACUUCUCAUCAUUACUGCAGAAAGAAUUCUGUACAUCAACAACUCUCCACUUUUUUUUGCUUUAACACAUCUGAUUACUGAACAGAACUGCACACAGGACACAGUGAUGGUUCACAUCAGAUCUGCUAAUCUGCUUUAUAUCCUACUAUAGCAAGAUGGGAAGUUGGAAAUACUAAGAGUAAUCUCUUGUGAAAGACCAGUGAAGCAAGAGACCCAGCAUACAUUAAAGAGUAAAGAAGGCUUGCAGAAUGGUUUGUAGUGCAGUCAUGUACUUCAAUUUCUGAACUGCUGAAUAACAAAAUAAUCAGUUAUUCACAUAAGUCUAUUAAAGAUGUUCUGCAUCUCCUGUCUCUGAUAAAAUGCAGGUGAAACCAACACUGAUGUCUCUCCUCUGACUAUACUUGGUUCUGAAAAUUUUUUUUUCUGAAGAUACUUAGAGAGAGAAGUGCUACAUUUUACUACAGCAUUGCAUAGGAACAACACAUACUCCAGUCAGCUGCACUGAACUGAUUUUCAUUCUCUGGUAGAUGUACAAGAUAUCAUUUUUAUCCCAGGAAAUACAUAAUUGUACAGUGGUAACUGCACUAAUUCUCAUGCUGUAACUAUGUUCAUUAGUAUGUACUCACUGGCUCCUCAGCACUCCUACCAUUAGUGUCCUAAACUUUCCUUUAAGGUGGUGUUUGAGACUGCCCAAAUAUUCCUACUGUAUUUUAGCUUAUUGCAAGCAGAGUUUGAGGAGCUUCUCAGCCACAGUGUAGUUUUCACAGCUUUUCUGGCCAAGAUGAAAGUUGAAAGAUGCACUGGUCUCAGUGCUGGGAAAACAGACAGCUGUUAGGACUUCUGACUCUUGAUAACCAGAAAAGUCUCAGUUGCAAUGUACACUUAAGUGGAGGCUGUUAAUUUAGUAAUGUCCACACCCAAAUUUUCUUUUCAAGGUAACUGGUAAACAGGAACCAAGCCCACAUGCUAGACGCAGCCAAAAGAAAUGCAAUACUGGCAUGAAAGUGUUAAACCGUAAACACUUUUAUUUAAGAAAGCAUGCACAAAAAUAAAUUUGUGAUACCUCUCUGCCUGACCCUUGACACAAAGCACUGUGAGUUGCUACUGUGGAGCUUUAAGAACUCUGCAUGGCAGGUUUGAUUCCCUUCACUCCCCACAACUGGUAUCAGUGCAGAGACCCAAAUAGGCAACCCAAUGCCUUCCCAUCCACUGGCAAUUUACAUGUUAUUCAGGGGCAGAGGAAUGAGUCACAAGAUUUGACAUGUAUUUACAUAUGCAAGUGAUGGUUGUAAUGGAUGGAUGCAAGUAAUACGCAGAUGAUGUAAAUAUGCAAAAUGUGGGCACAAGCAUUCGUGGAAGGAGUCAUCUUUCUUUUUUCUUCCAGUGGUUUCAGAUUUCCAUGGGCCCAGCUCUGCAAUAUGAUCUGCAAAGCGCUAACUGGCACCAACUACAGGUUGUUUUUGGUGCCACAUUCCACAGAAACCCAAUCACACAUGCUUCCAUGCUGCAUCGUUACCAUCCCGAAUUGGAGGCAGCACAGACAACAGCUAACUCCAUGUUAAAGUUGGCUCUGGGAUCCCUCAUUCCUCAUACUCAAUGAUAUCCCCACCCAACACACACACAUAAAAAAAAAAAAAAAAAAAAAGAAAUGUCACACUUCCACCUCUUUCCUUCAGUCAGAAUAGAGGUUUUUACCUUCUUUGCCCCAGGUUUGUCAAAGCCACCAUGCUGUUUUAUUUCUGUCUUGUUCCCCUUACUGAUAAACAAGGAAUAAAAGUUGGGAUGGGCUUUACAAAAUACUAAAAUGAAAUAAGAGGUUUGACAGAACACAACUGUACAAGAAAAAAAAAAACAAGAGAGGGAACAAAGGAUACAGGUUAGGGAAGGAAGAAUUUUGGCACACACUCCUGUAUCUUUUUUGCUUUCCUGAUUUGCUAGCAGAAACAAUUAAUUGGGGUUCACACUCUAUUCCAUCAUCCCCUCCAGGUGAACUGCAAGGAGUCUGAACCCUCCUCCCCCCCCCAGUCCCCUUUUUCUAUACUAUACAUGAUACAUGCUUUACAGUUACCUCUUACCUGGGUGAUUAUAUCCUUGAGAGUCCAGGGUAGAAAUCAGACACGAUGGAGUUGGAUCAGAGAAGAGAUGAGGAGGCUGGGGUGCCCUUGACCAUAGGAUUUCUCUGUGGAAUGAAAUGAAACAAGCUGUUAAUGGUCUAGACAGCUGUCUUGAUCCUGACUAGUUUGUAUUUCAGCCAUAGAGCAGCUCACUCUAACCUGCAGAAUACUGAGAUGUUCAGUCGCCUGUCCUAACCAAAAGCUACAGCUUGGUCAAGAAUCUCAUUCUUGGCACCUGCAGAAGUUUCUCUUAUUAUUUUGAAGGACAUUUUUUCAUCCAGAAAUACCAGAAGAUGGCUCAAAGUUUAUUUUUUACUGUGCUGUGCUAACUCAAGUUAUGGCAGAUAGCUGUACGCAUUUUGAUACAUUGGCUAAACAUAGUCCUGUGAACAGCAAAAAAUAUGCAGACUUGUUUCUGUUUUGAUAAAGGAGUUUUAGAAUAGGUUUCAAGAUUGCUGAAAGAAAUAAUCAAAUUUUUGCUAUACUUACAACUCCACUUUCAUUCAACAUAAAUAUAUUUUUCAGAUUGAAUAUGUAGAGUUGAAGUCAGACAUUCAACGCAAAAAUGGGGUAAUGGCUCUUUAUCAGACUUUUUCAAGAGGAAAAUAUCCCUCUCUUCACAAUCACUCUCUAUUCAUGUCAUAUUCAUGUCAUUGGGCAGUGUGCACAUUUGUGAACAACUGCUGUCAAGAAUGAGGCACAGGAAGAAUAAAAUUUCAUCAAAAAUCUCUGAUGAGCACCUUGAGAACUCACUACGAAUUGUGACCACGGCCACUGAACCAGACUGAUGUGUUAGUUUGAAAAAAUAAAGUGACAUAUACCAUUAGUUUUAUGCUUUUGUUGCUCUCUUUUUAAAACUGUACUAAUAGAAGUAUUAAAAAUUAAAAUUCGUUUUGUUAAGUAUUUAUUAACUAUAUUAUAUUUGGCUGCUCCAAAAGUAAUGCCUCUUGUUUUAUUAUGUUGGCCCAUGACAUCAGAUACAUACAUUGGUGGUAUGGCAGUAGAGCCUGACCCCUCCUACCAAUAUUCCAUUACAUUUUGUUGUCAUGAAACAUGUAGCAGUGGAGGGGCAGUUUGACAGAGUGAUGUUUGACAAGGAAGUGCAUACGCAGCAAGGGAAUACCAUUGAAUUCCUCCAUAUGGAAAGAAAGGCAGCCAGUGAUAUUUGUCAUUGUUUGCUGAAUGUUUAGGGAGAUAAAACCAUAGAUAUGAGCACAGUGAGGUGGUGGGUGGUGCAUUUCAGCAGUGGUGACAGUGACAGUGAGUCACCUCAGCUGCUGCCAGUUUUGAGGAACAUGGCUUGCAGGCUCUUAUUUACUGAUGGUGAAAAUAUGUAGCUAAUAGUGGCAAGUAUGGUACAAAUUAUUCUUCUAUAGCUGAGAAUUUUCUCUAUCAAGCAGAGUUACUGUACUCAUUGUAUCUAUUGUAGUUUCCAUGGAAAUACAUGAGGCAUUACUUACAGAGCAACCUAUGAAUAUGCAGCCCAAAACAAUUCCUCUUCAGCCAGUGAGGCCCAGACAAGCCACAAAGUUGGAAGCACAUGACUUAAGCUGUCUGGAUCCAGCAUGUAAUCUUAAAGAAGUCAAGGAAACAUCUACUUUGAUGCUUUUGCAAUGUAAGCAAGUUAAAAUUUUCUUGGCAAAAGGC